AUUUGUUUUUGGGUUUAAUUAUCGAUUUUCUCGGUCCGAAUCCGACCCAGGUGGGAUAUAAAUACCUGCAGAUUGGGCGGAAUCGAGAGUGGGCGUAGGGAAGUAGACUUGGAUAGAUCUCUCUGUUUUUCUUAUCUUCUUUACCAUCAGAACCAAAUAACACAGAGGAGAAAUGGCGGGGAUAGGGUUAUCAUGGCCAUCAAAGUUGACCGAUAGACCUAAACUCACAUCCACCGUCUCUCGGUCUUCCUCAUCUCGUUGCUGUUUAUCUUCCGUUAAAAUGACCGUCUCCGUCGACGAGAAGAAGAAGACUUUUACCCUCAAGAAAUCUGAAGAAGCCUUCAACGCUGCCAAGGAGUUGAUGCCAGGAGGUGUUAAUUCCCCUGUUCGUGCUUUCAAAUCAGUCGGUGGGCAGCCUAUUGUAAUUGAUUCCGUGAAGGGUUCUCACAUGUGGGACAUUGAUGGGAAUGAGUACAUCGAUUAUGUUGGUUCAUGGGGACCCGCAAUCAUUGGCCAUGCAGAUGACGAGGUACUUGCAGCCUUAGGAGAAACAAUGAAAAAAGGAACAAGUUUUGGUGCACCAUGUCUCCUAGAAAACGUAUUAGCUGAAAUGGUGAUCUCAGCUGUUCCCAGUAUCGAAAUGGUCAGAUUUGUGAAUUCCGGGACAGAAGCAUGCAUGGGUGUACUCCGGUUAGCCCGUGCCUACACCGGAAAGACAAAAAUAAUAAAAUUCGAAGGAUGUUACCACGGCCACGCCGACCCCUUUCUUGUCAAAGCCGGAAGCGGAGUCGCCACCCUCGGACUCCCCGAUUCCCCCGGAGUCCCCAAAUCCGCCACCUCCGACACCCUAACAUCCCCUUACAACGACAUCGCCACCGUCCAAAACCUCUUCAACGCCCACAAAGGCGAGAUCGCAGCCGUAAUCCUCGAACCCGUAGUUGGAAACUCCGGAUUCAUCACUCCGACUCCGGAGUUUCUCAAUUCCCUCCGCGAAAUCACGAAACAGAACGACGCGCUUCUUAUAUUUGAUGAAGUGAUGACGGGGUUCCGGUUAGCGUACGGUGGGGCGCAGGAGUAUUUCGGUGUGACUCCGGAUUUGACGACUUUAGGGAAGAUUAUUGGUGGUGGGCUUCCGGUGGGGGCGUAUGGCGGGAGGCGGGAGAUCAUGGAGAUGGUGGCUCCGGCGGGACCCAUGUAUCAGGCGGGGACGCUUAGUGGGAACCCGUUGGCGAUGACAGCUGGCAUUCACACGCUUAAAAGGCUUCAAGGAGCGGGGACUUAUGAGUAUUUGGAUAAAAUUACGAGUGAACUUAUUGGUGGGAUUUUGGAUGAGGGUAAAAAGGCGGGGCAUGCGAUGUGUGGAGGGUAUAUUAGGGGAAUGUUUGGAUUCUUUUUUACGGAUGGACCGGUUUAUAAUUUUGAGGAUGCUAAAAAGAGUGAUACGGAUAAAUUUGGGAGGUUUUAUAGAGGGAUGUUGGAAGAAGGUGUUUAUUUUGCUCCUUCUCAGUUUGAGGCUGGGUUUACUGGGUUGACUCAUACACCUGAGGAUAUUCAACGGACGAUUGAUGCUGCUGCCAAGGUUUUCAAACAGCUUUAG